GGCAAUAAAGCAACCCAGUACAUGAAGAGAUGGCCACCAAAAGUGUAUUUUGAGCCCCAAAUUUAUAAAGACGGAAAAAAGACCCCCAAGAGCCUGCUAUGGAGGCUACAUAAUCCCCCUGCCCGGCCAGCCGAGCUCGCUCCGGGGCGCCUUGGCAACGGGACGGAACACAUCCUCCACAUGUGGUUCUGAUCACGGCAGUCCUGACAAGAGCCAGAAAUUCACAACCCCGCGGGUCACUUUACAUAGCGGUUCCCGAGAGAGAGAGUCCACCGGACGUAUAGUAAGAUAGUAGCCGUGAUCUCCAGCGGUGGUACGAGUCAUUUCUAGCGGCCGCAGCUGUGCGAAGGAGUGUGGUCGUAGACUUGACCGUCAGUUUGGCUGACCGGGCGCUUGUUGGGUCUUUCUUGGAACAACUGUACUUUGGAUCGCGUGUAAAACCGUGCUGUGCAGCCAUGGACUCGUUCCAACUCACCGUACGCAAGGCUGCCGUUCUUGUACUGAUUAUUGUCGCUUGUAUAGCUACUGUGACUGAGGCGGGAAACCCCAGGAGAAGGUGGCGACGCAAGCCCUUGGUGCUAGUGAAGAUCAACAUGGUGCUAGAGCCGGAGCAGGCGCUGGUGGUGGAGGAGAUGAUAAAAAACGGGACGUCUCCGUACAACGACACGUUCGGGUAUGAGUACGACUACGACUAUGACCUUGACAAUGACACUGGAGACGGAGACUUUCUAAGGCUGGGAUCGGAACCGACCUUCAAAAGACCGAAACGGAAAGCCAUCCGGGACCUGCGGCUAAGGUGGCCGGGCGGUACCAUUCCUUACAUCAUGGGGGACAGCCUAUCUCACCGUGACCGGUCGUACAUCGCUGAAGCCAUGGAGAAGUGGCACCAGCACAGCUGCGCCAGGUUCAAACCAUACUCACGUAAACUGGCUAGCUACCUGGGGCACCACGAUCACAUCAUCUUCUACAAAGGAAUCGGGUGUCUAUCAGAUGUCGGAAGACUGCUUGAAAGGGACCAACAAGUCGUUUCAAUCAACGACGCCUGUCUUUUCGCCACAUCAAACCCGGUAGGAGUGAUUCUUCACGAGCUGGGUCACGUGCUCGGUCUGUACCAUGAGCACAGCCGGCCGGACCGGGACGAGUUUGUGGACAUUCUGGUCAACAACAUCCGGCCAGGAGAGGAAUAUAACUUCCAGAAGAUGUCUUCCAGCGAUAUCAACUUGUAUAACAUCCCAUAUGACUACAUGUCAAUCAUGCAUUACUACAACACGGAGUGGACAGUGAGGGCAGAUCUCCAGACCAUCGUGACAAAGGACACCAAGUAUCAGUACUUCAUCGGACACAAACAGGCGCUCAGUUUCUACGACAUUAAGACUGUCAACCUUCUCUACGGAUGUGGCGAUAAGUGUCCUGCGAUGGACUGUCCCGAAGAAGCCUUUGUCGCCUACAACUGCUCCUGUAUGUGUAACGACAUCCACGACUACUCAGCCGUCUUCUCCUGUCCAGAGAGAACACUGAAAGAAGUCCACCUGUCGCUGAGACAAGCCCGGAUGUGUUACCAUGGCCACGGGUCGGAUUACCGCGGCACGGUGGCGGUGACGGAUGCUGGUGAACCGUGCCUCAAGUGGAGCGAGGCGACCUACAGGCAGUUCAACACUUAUAACUAUCCUGUCGGUUAUCACGGCCUUGGUGACCACAACUACUGCCGUAACCCGGCAGGCCGGAUCCUGAAGAAGCCGUGGUGCUACGUCAACUCGGACAACAGCUGGGGAUACUGCGAUGUACAGGAGUGUAGAGAAGUGUACAGUCCGGUACAGCCCACCAUUCCCGCGAGACCCGCUGUUCCCGCGAGACCUCCGACACCCAAGCCCACGCAGUGCAAGUCCACGGAGUUCAGGUGUACCGACGGCACCUGCAUCCCCACCGCCUACCGCUGCGACAGGGACAACGACUGUAAGGACAACUCAGACGAGCUGGGCUGCGUCUACGAUACCUGCCCUCCACUGAAUAUUCAAGCUGACGUCAUGAUUUCCAACUGUGAGAGCGGGAAGCCUCAGCUCCGCGGCAAGGUGUGCCGAGUCCUGUGUCUGGUGGGUUCCGGGCCGGGAGAGACCAUCAUCUCAACCACAUGUCAGAGCGACGGGAAAUGGUCUGCACCGAAAGGGAAGCUUGUGUGUGAAAAGCCAGAAAACCCCAUCAUUCCUGCCACCCGACCCAAACAGUCCCUCACUACACCCGCGCCAAACAAGCCAACUGCCGCGGUGGUAACUACGCAAAAACCGCCUCGUAUGACGACCAAGAUGCCCGAAAAGAAACCCUCAGCGACCACCAAGCCGACACCAAAGACCUGCCAAGAUUUGGUGGUACCAGCUGAUGUUACGACUUCGUGUGAUGCGGACAAGAACGAGAUUGGUACCGUCUGCCUUUUGAAGUGUUCUGCCGGCGAUGGACAGUCGAUCACCAAGUGUCUGCCGGACGGAUCGUGGUCCAUACCGAAGGAGAACCUUGACUGCCCGAGGUUGUCGACGCCACUUAUUCCCACAACGACUAAAAUGUCCGUCAGCACGUUGGAACCGGAAGAAAAAUGUGCUCCAUUUUUUGUCCCGGCCACUGUGCUGACCAAGUGUUAUGGCGAACAGCCUGUCGGGAAGACCUGUGUCCUGACAUGCGCAGCAGGUGGAACCGGAGUCGCCAUUACAAAAUGUCUGCCCGGAGGAUCAUGGUCUAAACCAACCGGCAAUCUGCAAUGUUCUGGAGUCCAUGUACAAACUACUCAGAAGCCUACCGUUAGCCCAACAGAAAAGCCUGCUGAAAAACCAACGGAGAAGCCUACAGCCAAGCCAACUCAAAAACAAACGGUAAAACCAACCCAGAAACCCACUGUCAAGCCUACAGAGAAACCCACUGUCAAACCCACCCCAAAACCCACAGUCAAACCAACCCCCAAACCCACAGUCAAGCCAACUGUGAAACCGAUAGUCAGGCCAAUUGGAACACCCAAGCCAACUCCACAGCCUACCCAGAAGCCUCUGCCGCCAGGAGACUGUUACACAGGUGACGGUUCAUCGUAUCGCGGAUUCAAAUCGACCACUACGGACGGCAGGGCGUGUUUGAAAUGGAGCGAUGCAAAAUACCAAUAUUACAACACUUUGAGAUUCACGGCAGGGCAAUACGGGAUUGGGUACCACAACUACUGCAGAAACCCUGCCGGUGUGGAGACCGAACCGUGGUGUUACUACAUCAACCCGGCCACACGACGUGUCACGUGGAGCCACUGUGGAGCGCAGCAGUGUGGAGGAGAAAGAAUCACCCUGAAGUGCGCCGUGCGAGACAGUACCGGUUACCGCGGUACCCAGGACGUCACCAUGCACGGGGACAAGUGCCUGAACUGGAGUACCACCACCAACCGCCAGUUCAGCACACAGACCUACCCGAAUGGGGAGGGGGGCAUCGGGAACCACAACUACUGCCGUAACCCCGUGGGUGACCCGUCCCCCUGGUGUUACAUACAGGAGAAAUCGAACGGACUCUAUUGGGAUUAUUGUAGCGUACCGUCAUGUUGACGACAAGUUGUGGGGGAAUCUUUAUUAAUUUGUAAGAACUUGAAUUCUACUACUCAGAGCCUUGCGCAUACAUAGCCUAUACAAUAUACCUUGGGGAGGCUUUGCUAAACCGAGCUGAGGUUUUCACUUUUGUGGGCGUGACCUCUAAUCAACUGUCAGCCAAUCAGAGUAUUGCCCAAAUGUUUUCUUAAGGCUAAGCUGAUUCUCUGAUUGGCUGACAGCGGUUUGAGGCCACGCCCACAAAAACGGAAACCUAAAAAGCCAGAUUUAGAAGAGCCUCCCCAAUGUUUAUUGUACAGACUGCAUAGGAAAAUGAGAAUUUGUAGAAAUCACCUUAUCAUGAUGAUAUUGAAGGGCACUUAACUUUUCUUAGUCUUAAUUUCUCCACAUUAGAAGAACUGUGUCUACAUGAGAUCAUUGAAUGAUAUGAAUAAUUUCUUAUUGGCCAUGUUGGCGUUUUUAAACGCUUAUAAAUAUCUGCGAUUUCAUUGGUUAUUUAAACCAUUGUAUGUACUUUAUUCACUCUUGCGAUGAAAACAUGCAUGGAUAAGUAUAUGUGUGUUAAGGUAGUUUAUAGUGUCACACACAGAAGGGAGUCGAGUCAAUAGCAUGUAGAAUUGUCGUAUUCUGAAAUAGAUGUAGAAAUAGAGUUAGAACGUCACUGUAUAUUGUGUAUUUGCGAUGACACUACUUAUUUUAGUGUUUUCAAAUGGUAAACCAUGCUACAUGUCAAAGAAUUAAGAGAACAAAUUUGUUUAUUGCAUUCCCAUAUUUUACCUUAUCCCAUAUGAAUAGUCAUAAACAGCUGUUUUGACGUAUCUACUAUUGUUGAACAUUCAAAUUGAACCACAAUGAAAUAAAUCAUAAUGAAACCCUGAUCCCUAUGUACAGCGAGACUACUGGCUUGUAAUAAACUGCACCUUUUUAUACGUAUGGCAUCUGA